GCAAAAGCAAAUAAGUAAUUUGCCAAGAGAGAAAGGUCGCUAUCUUAACCAAAAUAACCGAAUUUUCAUGGAGUCACAAAAUAUAAUCACAGUUGAAUCGCAAGAGGAAUGGACAGAAGAUAAACUAGUAGAAUUCGAGAGAGUAGAAACAAGGCUUCUCAGUGAAAUUCUCAGAUGA